UUUGCUUUUGCUAAAGACAGACGCAAGAGGAAACCAGCGCUCCCCUUCGAGACUGCUUUCAGUUUCCAUUCUCCUGCGGGACUGAAGUUUCUUUUCCUGUCGCUCCCUGCUUGGGAGCGGUUCACUCCCUAUUCACCCAGCUCUCUCCGCACCACGGUUCGGGCGGGCUCCGCGCACGCCGGGGUCGCGGCACCGGGAUCGGCACCGGGAUCGGCACCGCCGGCGGCGGCGCGAAGGCGGCCUGGCCAUGACGGCGGAGGAGAAGCAGAACCUGCGGUGCUACAGGCAUUACAUCGAGAGGAGCCUGAACCCCGUAUACAUCCUCAGCAACAUGACGGAAUGGCUGUCCGACGAGGUGAAGGAGAGAAUCCGAAAGGAGGAGGAGAAGGGCGUGACGGCGGCCGCCGCGCUGUUCCUGGAUGCCGUGCUGCAGCUGGAGGCGGAGGGCUGGCUCCGGGGCUUUCUGGAUGCCCUGGUUGCAGCAGGUUACACUGGACUGGCAGAAGCAAUUGAAAACUGGGACUUCAGCAAACUGGAAAAACUGGAGCUGCACAGGCAGCUGUUGAAGCGGAUAGAAGCCACAAUGCUAGAAAUUGAUCCUGUAGAAAUCAUGCCAUACAUAAACAUAUGCCUGAUAGACAGGGAGUGUGAUGAGAUCAUGCAGAUCAGUGAAUACAGAAGCAAGGCAGCCGGGAUAACGAAACUCAUUGAAUGCCUCUGUCGCUCGGAUAAGGAAAACUGGCCCAAAAGUCUUCAGCUGGCAUUGGAUAAUACAGGAUAUUACAAUGCAAGUGAACUGUGGAAUAUAAGAGAAGAUAACGGCAAAGACAUUGAUGGUGAAAUGACAGAUGCCUCUGAGAAUUACUUUGAAACCAUGAUGACAUUUUCUGAAGAAGCAGAAUGUGAUAAUCUGAGCAAAAAUCUCUCUUCAGUUUCAGAAAGCAUCUCUGAGUCUUCAUCUGUUUAUGAACCAAAGAAGGCUCGGAGCUACCAGAUUGAGCUUGCACAGCCUGCUUUUAAUGGGAAAAACACAUUGAUUUGUGCCCCCACAGGCACUGGAAAAACUUUUGUGGCACUUAUGAUUUGUGAACAUCACUUACAAAAUGUUCCCUCAGGACGAAAGGCAAAAGUUGUCUUCCUUGCAACCAAAGUGCCAGUGUAUGAGCAACAGAAAAACGUAUUCAGGCAGCAUUUUGAAAGAAGUGGAUAUUCUGUUCAAGGAAUUUGUGGUGAAACAGUUGCAAAUAUCUCUGUAGAAAAUGUUAUACAGGACAGUGACAUCAUUGUGCUAACGCCCCAGAUUCUUGUGAAUAGCAUGGAGAAAGGUAUCCUUAGCUCCCUCUCCAUCUUCACUCUGAUGAUAUUUGAUGAGUGCCACAACACUACAGGUAACCACCCUUACAAUGUGUUGAUGACCAGAUACCUGGAUCAAAAAUUUGACUCCUCUGCAAACCAGCUGCCUCAGAUUGUAGGUUUAACUGCUUCUGUUGGAGUUGGUAAUGCCAAGAGCACUGAUGAAACUGUAGAGCACAUCUGUACCCUCUGCUCCUACCUUGACAUACAGGCCAUAUCCACUGUCAGAGAGAACAAAGAAGAUCUGCAGAGGUUUGGAAACAAGCCAGAAGCGCAUAUCAGAUGGGUUAAAAUGCGAGCUCAGAAUCACUUUGCAGACAUUAUCUCUGGUCUGAUGUCUGAGACAGAAGUGUUGAUGAGGAAGAUUUACUCAGUGGAUUCCAUCUCCCAAAUCAACAAGAAUUACUUUGGAACACAGAGAUAUGAACAGUGGAUAGUUUAUACUCAGAAGAGAUGCAGACUAUUGCAACUGGAAGAUAAGGAGAAGGAGAGCAGUAUUUGUAGAGACCUUUUCAUUUGUACUGAACACUUGCGGAAAUUCAAUGAUGCUCUCAUUAUCAGUGAAGAUGCCCGCAUCGAAGAUGCUUUAGCCUACCUAAAUGAAUUUUUCACAAAUGUAAAAAAUGGACCAUUUACAGAGUUAGAGAAGCAGCUGACGGAGAAAUUUCAAGAGAAAGAACAAGAGCUGACUGCCCUUUCAAAAGAUGAGUCAAAUGAGAAUCCAAAGUUGGAAGAGCUUGCUUGCAUCCUGGAUGAAGCAUACCACUAUAACCCAGAGACUCGCACUAUUCUCUUUGCCAAGACAAGAGCCUUAGUAGCUGCUUUGAAGAAGUGGAUAGAAGGAAACCCUCUUCUUAGCCACAUAAAGCCAGAUGUGUUGAUGGGUAAAGGAAGAAGAGAUCAGAAAACAGGUAUGACCUUGCCAAUGCAGAAGGGUGUACUGGAUGCGUUCAGAAAUGACAAAGACAUCAGACUGCUAAUUGCUACAUCUGUUGCUGACGAAGGCAUUGAUAUUACUGAGUGCAACCUUGUGGUGCUCUAUGAAUACUUCGGAAAUGUCACCAAAAUGAUCCAAGUCAGAGGUCGUGGAAGGGCAAGAGACAGCAAGUGCAUCCUUGUGACAAGCAAAACAGAAGUGGUUGAGAAUGAAAAACGAAACCGUUACAAGGAAGAAAUGAUGAAUGCAGCUAUUGAAAAGCUACAGAACUGGGAUGAAACAACAUUUGUGAGAAAGAUACGUAGCCUGCAAAUGAAGGAAAAGAUGCUACGAGAUUCCAGGAAGAACAAAACAAAACAAGAAAUAGUAGAAGGGAAAAAAAAUCUUUUGUGUGGAAAAUGCAAGGCAUAUGUGUGCAGUACAGAUGAUAUCAGAAUUAUAAAGGAAUCUCAUCACACUGUCUUAGGUGAUGCAUUCAAGGAGCGUUAUACAACAAAGCCCCACAGGAAACCUUUUCAGUUUGAUGGUUUUCAGAAAAAAAGCAAGAUGCAUUGCCGAAAUACUGAGUGUCAGCAUGACUGGGGGAUCACAGUGAAGUACAAGAUAUUUGAUAAUCUACCAGUGAUCAAAAUCAGAAGCUUUGUACUAGAGGAUGUUGAAACAGGGACACAAAUGGAUUUUCAGAAAUGGAAAAGUAUUAAUUUGUCUUUGAAAGAGUUUGAUGAAGAAACAUCCAGCUGAACUCAACAUUUUAAUGGAUAUAUUGUUCUAGGGCACUAUGCUGAAACAGCAGCAAUGAUCAAUUUUCUAUAAAAAUUUUCGUUCAUUAUGCUAGGUCCCUCACCCACAUCUGGCUAGAUUAUAAAAGGCUGGUAAAGCCACUAAAACCAGUAUUUGCUAUAUAAUGAAAUAUUUCACCAGAAGUUUCACUAGAAGAACAAAUAAUUAUGGCUAUGAGUAACCUGGUCUGAAAAAAAAUAAGAUCAAGUUGAGUGACUAACACCCAACUUUAGGUAACAGGCUACACCUUCAAGAAUUUAGAUGAGAAUCAGUACGUUCUUUGGUACUGUUAAUGUGUAGUUGGAUUGCACAUCCUUGUGAACAACAUGGCUUACUAGCACUUCAGGCAGUACUCUAGCUACUUUUGAAACUUUAAAAAAAGUUACUUUUAAUAUUUUAGAUGUUGAUAUAUAAAAUUGAAAGAAAAAUGUCCAGUAACUUUUCUGUAAGGAAGGUACUACAUCUCUUAAAUCUAUCUUUAAUAGGAAAUGCUUCUUCAACAGUAUGAAAUGCAGUAGGGCAGAGCCCUCUUGGGGAUUCAUCCUUGUGAUUAAAAUGGUAGCACUUUUUUAUAUCACUGCACCUUGAUCAAGUUGCUGUUGCUCAAAUUGCAGAAUGGGCACCCUCCUGUGCUGCUGAACUGAACAAGUCCUAACAGGGACAAAGUGCCCUGGAUCAUGGGAGGAGGUUCAGUUUUGAUGGGGAUUAGCACUUACCUGGAUGCCCUGUUUCAUGGAUUGUCACCUAAAAUCUCUCAAGACACUGGAAAUACUGUAAGCCUCCUAUCAGAGUUGAUCUAGCAUUCUUACAAAGUAUAGGCAUUAGUGUAUUCAAAUCUGUCCUCUUUACCCAGAUCCCAGACUUCCCUGGGAAAAACAGAAAUUCCUACAGAGUUAUGAAAUGUUGUACUUGAACACUUAAAAGCACCUGCUGAUUCCACACAUCUUCAAUGAGCUUAGUAUUCAGUAUUUCUGGAACCAAAACCAAAUGUAUUUUAAGUUCACUUUGUGUAUUUGACAAUGUGGUAAGGUAUGUAUGUGCAAGAAUUAUGUUACAAAACACCAGAACUGAUUAAAAAAAAACGAAAACCAAAACACCACCCCCCCACCCAAACCUAAUUUAAGAGGUAAAAAA